UUUGGAUGUCUCCCGCCAACAUCGGACAUUUGUAUUCUUAACGAAAAUCCUAGGUAUUGAACGAUAACACCAUAGAAACACUCUUACUAGAAUCCCUCCCUAGUAACAUACCCUCCUGUUUCCAACCGGCCUUACACUUUCCGUUUCUUCUCCUCAUGUUUUCUGUUUCCUCUUACAUUAUUACUUAACUAAUCAAAACUACCACCAUCAUCAUGCCACCCUGCAAACAAAUUCCUAACCGCUUGCCCCCGCAAACAAAACCCUCUCCGUCCUUCUUCUUCGUUUUGCACUUUGUCAAGAAUUUUGAGUGCCGGAAUGGAACAGUUCCGGCAUAUCGGAGAGGUGGUUGGGAGUCUGAAAGCGCUUAUGGUUCUGCGCGAUGAAAUCCAAAUCAACCAACGGCAAUGCUGUUUGAUCCUGGACAUAUUCAGUUUGGCGAUGGACACGAUCGCAGAGGAGAUGCGGCAGAACCUGAAGCUGGAAGAGAGGAACAGCAAAUGGAAGGCUCUGGAAUCUCCUCUGACAGAGUUGUGCAGGGUUUUCAAGGAGGGAGAGCAUUACAUAAAGCAGUGUUUGGAUUCCAAACAUUGGUUGGGGAAAGCCAUUACCCUCUCUCACCACCGAGACUGCGUGGAAUUCCACAUCCACAACCUUCUCUGCUAUUUCCCGGCGGUGAUCGAGGCGAUCGAGAUUGCAGGGGAGAUUACGGGUUUAGAUCCGGAGGAGAAGGCAAAGAAGAAGGUGAUACUGGGUCGGAAGUAUGACGUGGAAUGGAAGGACCCGGAGCUGUUCCAAUGGAGGUUCGGGAAGCAGUACCUGGUCCCGCGCGGGAUUUGCAAGAAGUUGGAGAACGCCUGGAGAGAGGACAGGUGGAGGCUCAUCGAGGCCAUCAAGGACAAGACUGCGAAGGAAGGUGGUUCAGCUGUGUUUAGGGAGAGCGAGCAUGGCCUCGCUGAUAUGCUCCUCAAAAAGCUUCUCAAUGGGUCGGAGAUCGGCCCAAUUGCGGUGCUUGUUGGGUCCAAAGGUUUCCAGGUGAGACGGAGGUUGGGCCACCGGAAGGACUUCAAGGAAAUCCAAUGGUUGGGGCAAAGUUUCGCGAUGAGGAACUUUCAAGGGGAGAGAGAAGCACACCAGACUGAGGUCUCCUCUAUUCUCUCGCUUUCACACCCCAACAUAUUGCAAUACCUUUGCGGGUUUUACGACGAGGAGAAGAAAGAGUUCUCUUUUGUGAUGGAGUUAAUGCACAAGGAUCUGUGGACUUACAUGAAAGAGAUUUGUGGAUACACGCAAUCACACGGUGCAUGA